AUGCCACGAAGGCGUCGUUCCGAGUCUGAAGAGGAAUCCCACGAACCUGCAGCUCAUCGUCGACGUACACAUCAUGCCGCCUCCGACAACGACGACGAUCAUGACGAUGAGGACGAGUCGGGUGCCAACAUCACCGACAUGUCUAAGAAGCUGGUCCGCUUAGCAUUGGCAUACGAGUACCAGCGCCGAACCAUUCGUCGUGCUGAAAUCACCGAGAAGGUGCUGGGGAGCAAUAAUGCCCGGAAGUUCAAGGAUGUGUGGAAUCAAGCGCAGGGCAGUCUCCGAGAUGUUUUUGGCGUUGAGAUGGUGGAAUUGCCCGUGAAGGAGAAGAUCACGCUACAGCAACGGAGAGAUGCACAGAAAAAAGGCACUACUAACACAUCAACAUCCUCGGGAUGGAUUGUCAUAUCCAUCCUUCCCAACAAAUACAAGCAUCCAGACAUCCUACCACCGCCUUCAGCGCCAACGAUGACUGAGGAAUCUAUAUACACAGCAAUCUACACGAUGUUGAUUUCAUUGAUAUCCCUGUCUGGUGGCUCACUUCCAGAUGCAAAAAUGGAGCGCUAUAUCUCCAAGCUGGGCAUGUCGGAWACGUCCCCACUUGGCGACAACGAGAAGACGGAAUUUCUGUUUAAGCGCUUGAUCAAAGACAAUUACAUCGUCAGGAGUAAGGAGAGUACGGGUACGGGAGAGGACGAUGUGCAGUGGUUGGUCGGCCCGCGGGGAAAGGUUGAAGUGGGGGAAGAGGGCGUUCGCGGAUUGACAAAGGCUGUGUGGGGGGAUCUGUCUGAGAAGGAUGACGAGGAGAUGGAUAGGAAGAUUAUGCGGAGUCUGGGUGUUGGGGAGAGAAUGGCUGCUGUUGUGAGCAAAGAUGCAAUUGGCGGUGCAGCGGAAAAAGAAAGGAGGAAGCCUGGAAGGCGGAAGCGGCAAAGUCGAGACGAGGGUGACGACGACGAAGGAAUCGAGAUGGAGGAUGGCGACGAUGAGUAG